AUGUCUGGUGGGGAUAUCUGGGUUCGCAGGGCGCCUAUUGGUCAUCCGAGGGAGAUGACUGUGAGUACAUCCGUCAACAACGGACCGGGGCCGCAGGGGCGUCAUUUGUUUGCGGAGCUGCCGAUAAAUGCUGGUGGAGGUGAAGUUGUGCUGGGGGAAUGCGGUACGAGUGGCCCAAGUCGUAGUUGCAAUGCGAUGUUUUCUUUCAAGCCUCCACGGCAUGAACCCUUGUGGCAACCAACGCGUCUGACGUCACCGUAUUGUGUCUUGAGUGCGAAUGGAGUUCAGGACGACUUUUACACUUCGUGCCUCUCAUGGGGUAAGGGAAAUAUUGCGCUGGCACUGCGAGAUGAGGUGCUUCUCUUUCAGCCGUCACGUCCUCUUGUGCGUUUGGCCGUGCUGAAUGUUCAGGAGCGUCCCCGUAGCAUAAUUUCUAGAGUGACUUCUGUGGCCGUGAGCCGUUUUUCCGAUUCUUCUUGUUUUAUGGGGGAGCUGGACGGCUCUGUUGGUGUCUAUGCAUCUCGUGGUGAUGGUCGACUUUCACAAACUAGUGUCUUUUCAAAACCGCCCCCACCUCUUGAGAACACACCUCUUGCAGGUGAGGCUGCGAUGACCGCGACGGCAAGUGUUCGUUGUUUGGCAACGACGGACGUCCAUCCAUGGUUGGUGGCAGCUGGUACAGCCGCACAGGGUCUUUUUAUUUUUGACAGUCGCUGUGAAAAGCCUUCCGCGCAGAUGGUGGAGUGUGACACAUUUAUUGCACUUGAUAGCAAGAGGGCAAGAAAACCCUUAUCCCCGGAGGAUUGUUUAUCGUUACUUUCUUCUGCAGAAGGCAUAUGUGGUGUCUCUUGGAACGCAUCGGGUUCACUUGUGGCUACAGGUGGGAGUGGCGGUGUUGUGAACAUAUGGUCCCUCUCCCAGACACGUGCGCCAGUGCAGCAGAUUAAGCUCCCCAAUGCACACACAACCGUUAAAGCGAUCGCGUUUAAUCCGACACUCCCGUACGAACUUGCCGUAGGUGGGGGGACAAAUGAUGGCAUGUUGAGGUUGUACGAUGUUUCAUCCUCGGUAUCGUAUCUUGCGUGGUGUGUCUCCACCGGCUGUCAGGUGACGCAGGCGCUCUACUCCCCUGAUGGUGCAUUCAUUAUUUCCGCUCAGGGUUUGCGACACGACAAAUUCACCGCAGAUGGUAGGGCGCAUUCCACUGCAUUGCGCAUGCCUAACUCCAAUGGAGCUGGUGUUGAUGUGCACCGGGAUAGCAUGGAUGCCUUAGAGCGUCUGACGGAGGAGUUUGAGCGCGGAAUGACACGUAACGGUCGUACGCAAGAAGAAUUGCAGGAACCCGCCCCAAGCCACAGUGGAACAGCGAUGAAUUGGGCAGGUGAUACGCCCCGCACGGACGAUUCCCCCGCGUUCUCACUGGUUAUGUGGCGAAGAGGGACGCAGCAUCGGCAUUCCGUGCCUUUGGGCUUCAGCAACACCAAACCCAGGGACCGCCCAAGAAGCCAGUACAUUCAGGAGACAGAGCGUACGCCACUCCCACUUUUUUCCAUGUACAUGAUGACGGGACAUCGUUCUCGUCCGCUUCAUUUGGCCUCCCCAUUCUCAAGUACGGCGGAUCGCGGCUCUGUCGCCUCCUUUGCAGGUGGUGUUGACAACACGAUCCGCUUCUGGAAGUGCUUUUGCCCGAGGAGCGAGGCGGUCAAUUGGGAGCACCGGACCCGUGCGUCGAUGAGAGCCGCCGUCACCGAAGAGGAUGUGGAGGGAAUGAUGGCAAUGCCUCUGCGAUGA